AUGCCCGGCCUUCCAUCUUCUGUUGAUUUAGACGAAUGCAUAUCACGACUAUACAAAAAGGAGCUCCUCGCGGAGUCAGUUAUCGAAGCAAUAUGCGCCAAAACGAAGGAGCUGCUUAUGCAGGAGAGUAACGUGGUGCAUGUGCAGGCGCCAGUUACUGUAGUUGGCGAUAUACACGGCCAAUUUUAUGAUCUGAUAGAGAUCUUCAAAAUCGGAGGAUAUUGCCCCGAUACAAACUACUUAUUUCUUGGCGACUAUGUAGACCGCGGUAUGUUCAGCGUCGAAACCAUCUCCCUCCUCGUCUGCCUCAAGCUCCGCUACCCAACCCGCGUCCACCUCAUCCGCGGCAACCACGAGUCCCGCGGCGUCACGCAAUCCUACGGCUUCUACACCGAAUGCUCACGCAAAUACGGCAACGCGAACGUCUGGCACUACUUCACUGACAUGUUCGACUUCCUGACCCUCUCUGUCGUAAUAAACAACGACAUCUUCUGCGUCCACGGCGGCCUCUCCCCCAGCAUCCACAGCAUCGACCAAAUCAAGAUUAUCGACCGCUUCCGUGAGAUCCCACACGAAGGGCCCAUGGCCGACCUCGUCUGGAGCGACCCCGACCCGGAACGGGAUGAAUUCAGCCUGUCUCCGCGCGGCGCGGGAUACACCUUCGGCGCGCAGGUCGUCAAGAAGUUCCUCGAGGUGAACGGGAUGUCGCAUAUCCUGCGCGCGCACCAGCUGUGCCAGGAGGGGUACCAGGUGCUGUAUGACGACCGGCUGAGCACGGUCUGGAGCGCGCCGAAUUACUGUUAUCGUUGUGGGAAUAUGGCGAGUGUGCUGGAGGUUACCGAUACGGGGGGGAGGUACUUCAAUGUCUUUGCGGCGGCGCCGGAGAACGAUUUGCAGCAGAAUACGGAGACGAAGGCGAUUGAUCCGGGGGCACUGCCGGAAUACUUCUUAUAG